GUGAACGGUCUUUGGGAGCCGGAAAGAGGCAGCUGCGGCGGGCUCGGGGGCGCUGGCAGGCCUUUGGCCGCCUCUUCGUGCUCCUGGCUGCGCCUCGCCCGUGUCUGCCCUCAGAAGGGAAGAUAGCGAGUAAAAGCCUGUAUCUGCACCCUGUAAAGCCACAGCCAUGGAUAUCUUUGGAGAUCUACGGCGAAUGAACAAGCGCCAGCUCUAUUACCAAGUCUUAAAUUUUGCCAUGAUUGUAUCUUCUGCCCUGAUGAUAUGGAAAGGCCUUAUCGUUAUCACUGGGAGUGAGAGUCCCAUUGUAGUAGUGCUCAGUGGCAGUAUGGAACCAGCUUUCCAUCGAGGAGACCUCUUGUUCUUAACUAACUUCCGUGAUGACCCCAUCAGGGCUGGAGAAAUUGUGGUCUUCAAAGUCGAAGGCAGAGAUAUUCCAAUCGUACACAGAGUAAUCAAGGUUCACGAAAAGGAAAAUGGGAACAUCAAAUUUCUGACGAAGGGCGAUAAUAAUGAAGUCGAUGAUAGAGGCUUGUACAAAGAAGGCCAGAACUGGCUAGAAAAGAAGGAUGUUGUUGGUAGAGCACGAGGGUUUUUGCCUUAUGUUGGAAUGGUGACCAUAAUCAUGAAUGACUAUCCAAAAUUCAAAUACGCUCUCCUGGCUGUAAUGGGCGCAUAUGUACUACUGAAACGGGAAUCAUAAAUGAACAUGAGGUUGCCUUGCACGAGUCUUGAGCAUAGAUGUAUGAAGAAAUACUAAUAUAUUUGAAAUGCCCCCAUGCCUGUACAUAAUCUGUGAUGUGCAAACAAUAUUGUAUUGUCUUGACAAAUUUUACUGUUCAUGUCGCAGUUCUAAAGAUCUUGUGGAUGAGCCCAACUGUUUCUUUUGGGACAAGCUUGUAAGUGUUCUUAAGACUGCAGCCUCUUUGCAUUGUAGCAAUUUUCACUGGUGUGUGUUAACAGAAGUGAGUUUCCCAGUCUUCACAGUGGCUAUUAACCAAGGACAAUGAUAAAUCCUGGAAGGGAAGUGGGUGGGAAUGACAGUGCUAGCUUCAUACUAUGUGUGUCUGGAGGGGGCAGGGUGAUUAAAAGUCCCAAAAGUAGAAUAUCAAAUGGGUAAAACAUGAUUGUUUUGAAAGUGUUUUGACAACAUCAUUGAGCCUGUAGUGUAAACGAAAGGUCCUCUUAAUUUAUUUCUUCACAAAGGAAUCUUUGCACAGUUCCCACCGCUGCGUUGCCACGGGGUCCAAGCAGUCCUGGUGCAUUUGUCAAACCACAUGCAGCCUGUUCUUGCAGCACAAAUUCACCAACGAUUCCAAGGGCCUAUUACCGUGCUUCUAAUAAAGCUUUUCUCCCCCCUCCCCCCAAAAAAAGAAAAAGAAUGAGUUAUUUAGUCAUGGUGAACCUUUCCACAAAUGUGGCAUUAUUGAGUCAGGCUUGCCUGAGAAAGCAGCGGUAUGAAGUACUUGGCAUGUAUGCACGCCAUGCUGUGCUAGAGCUCACUUAUGUUUUAGCCUACUUGGAAGCUGGCCGGGCUAGGCUGUGUGAGUUCUUGCAUCCCGGGGCAGCUUGAUCAUCUGCACCAUCUUCCCAAGAUUUUUGUUUUUUUAAGAUGCACAAUUUUCAGAAUUUCACAUAUAAUCAGCAGGAAUCAUUCCCAUGUCUAUACAUCAAGGAAAAUACCUUCAGUGAAUUAGUGAUGCGUGAGUCUAACUUCUUGCCAAGUCUGAUGCAUGAGAUCCAAGGUUUUUAAUUUUUUUCUUUUUGGAGAUUGUCCUGGUUCAUCGAAGCCUCCUGGGGAGUGGAUCAUGCUUCCAGGGCUAAAGCUGGGGUAGAAUGAGUGUAGCUGCGUAUUAGUCAAUCCAAAAUGGGUUAUUGAGAGUCCCUUGUGCAUUCUGGGCACAGAUGGUUGAUUUACAUUUGGGCUUGUUUAUACAUCUUCCCAAAUUACUCCUCCUUUCUUGAUAGUAAAUGAGGGGAAGUCUGGUUUUGGAGUCAAAUAUAUCCCAAGUAAGCCAUGAAAAUAAAAUACCUAGGGCUGGAAUUAAUUGGGACAGCAUUGCAAACAACAAAUUAAACCUUUAUUGAGAGCUCUUUUUCAUGAGUUAACCAAUAUAGUUGCAAAUCUAAUGUUCAGAGUGUGCGUAUCCAACACCUGUAAGAACAGUAUUUGGAGCCUAAUUGACCCCAUGUUUUCCAAACAUACUGUGCUCUUGAUAUGUACAUAUUGUUAGAGUCACAUAGAUAUAGCAUGCAGAAAUCACAUCUUGUGACUUUUAUGGAACAAACAACCAUAGCAUAUGGUUCUCAGACAGCCUGUGCCCGGUUGCCACUUUUCCCAAUUGCAUAAAUGGGCCAGACAAAACAGUUCCAGAAAGAACAUCUUUCUGUCAUAGCUUCAAGCUCGGAUAUGACAUCUGCCCCUCCCUCUUUUCUGGUGUCAGCACUGACAUGACUUAUGGCAAUGAGACCUCCACCCUGUCUCUCAGCCAAGCCUGGUAUGUUUCUAGGCACAUCCCAGAAUUUGAUCAAGCCCAAGGUUACUAGGAAAGUACAUCCUUUAGGACGUUCAUUGUGGAUAGUUCAGGUGUCAAGCACUUAACCUGGCCAUUGUCCACCAUUUGGCAGUGUGUAUGGAGGCCUGUCCAGCCACAUGUCUGUAAGCAUCUCUAGUCAUAAUAAUCUCAGGCUUGGAUUAAUCAACUCGGAUUGCUGCAUCUUCUCUUCUUUGGCAUGCUAUUUGGAAGGAUCAACAACUGACCAUAAGGUGCAAGGAGGACUGCCCCAAAAAGCCAUUGUAGAAGUUAGUAGAUCUGCAAAAGUGUAGUACAAGGAGCUUCCCUGGGGUAGGGAGGGUUAUGGGAUCCUGAAAACACAAACCAGUUUAAAUGCUGUAGCUUGUCCCAAAUGUUACUGGGAAGAUAGAAUUUUGUAGUGCUAUUCAACAUACUCUGCUAAAUCAAUUUGUGUUCAGAGCACUCCUGUCUCUUGAAACCCAUUUUUUGGCUUUUCACAAUCCCUUUGUGGCCUUAGAGAAGUCACUUAAUGUGAAUAUAUCUGUAUGUAUUUUUAAUUUUUCAGAACGGUUUGCCUUGUUUGCAUCAUCACAGUUAUAAAUGUGUCCAUUCCAUUAAUUUCUUGUUUUGUUUUUAAAAGUCAACUGCUGCAAGGUUUGCUAGAUCUCUCUGAAAAGAUCUGCAGAAAAUGUGAAACGAAUGAAGUUCAGUCCAGUCCUGGAAUAUAUUCGCAAAUGUGAUGGCCCAGAAAGAUCUCUUUCCUUGUUUUAUCAUGCUAUGCAAUAAUAUCAUUAAAAGAUUGAUGUCUUUUAAUACUUA